AGUCGCGCGGCAGCCCGCGCCCGGGCAGGAUGAUGCUCCUGAGGGGCCCCUGGCCGCGGCGCCCGCGGCUGCCGCCGACACCCAGACCCGCGGGCCGAGUGCAUCCGCCGCCGCGAACGCCGACGUCUCAGGUUUUGUGUGUGAAGCUGUGUGGAAAUCUAAAAUACAGUCAAUCACAUCUUUAUAGUACAGUGGUGCCCCCUGAUGAAAUAACCAUUAAUUAUAGACAUGGCCUUCCCUUGAUAACCCUUACUUUGCCAUCCAGAAAAGAGCGUUGUCAAUUUGUGGUCAAACCAAUGUUAUCAACAGUUGGUUCAUUCCUUCGGGACCUACAAAAUGAAGAUAAAGGUGUCAAAACUGCAGCCAUCUUGACAACAGAUGGCCGUGAAAUUCCAGCUACCACUUUAAUGGAAAUUUUGCUAAUGAAUGAUUUUAAACUUGUCAUUAACAAAAUAACAUAUGAUGUUCAGUGCCCUAAGAAAGAAAAACUGAGUAUGGAGCAUGCCACCGACAUGGAAAAUGUGAAAUCCUUGGUUCACAGACUGUUUACAGCUUUGCAUUUAGAAGAGUUUCAGAAAAAGAGAGAGCACCAUUUACUGGAGAAAAUUGACCACCUGAGGGGACAGCUGCAGCCUCUUGAACAGAUAAAGGCUGGAAUCGAAGCUCGCUCAGAAGCCAAAACCAGUGGACUUUUGUGGGCUGGAUUAGCAUUGCUAUCCGUUCAGGGCGGGGCGUUGGCCUGGCUCACUUGGUGGGUGUACUCCUGGGAUAUUAUGGAACCAGUGACAUACUUCAUCACAUUUGCAAAUUCCAUGGUCUUUUUUGCAUACUUUAUAGUCACUCGACAGGAUUAUACUUACUCAGCUGUUAAGAGUAGGCAGUUUCUUCACUUCUUCCAUAAGAAAUCAAAGCAACAGCAUUUUGAUGUGGUGCAGUACAACAAGCUAAAAGAAGAUCUUGCUAAGGCUACGGAAUCCCUGAAACAGGUAUUCUUUGAAGUUCUCAGUGGAGAUUUUUGGUUUGUGGAUUCGCAUGACUUGUCCAGGAUUAAUGCGGGGAGGAGCUUGGACGCACCCAUCAGAGUCCGAGCAGCUGCCACUGUAGUCAGGAGAACACAAAACCAGAUCCAACUUCCAAAAGUCAACUUUCAAAAAACCCAGGCGCGGGAGGUGCCAACAGCCGCCCAGCCAGCCUCCCAAGGUUUAAAUGGCCCGACGCCCGGCAAGAAAGAACCGUCCGGAGGACAAAGGCGGAGCGGGCACGCCCCAGCGCCGGGCGCCGCUACCCCGGGCGGCCCUGAGGCGGCGGCGACCCCGCACGGAGUCCCGGGCUGGUUUUCUGGACCAGAAGGCAUUUAACAAGCUGCCCCCACCGGACUUGCGCGCUUCCCUCCAAGACCCGCAACUCUUUCCGGCCGCCCAGCUCCCGCGUCCCCGCCCCCGCCCGCGCGCCCCGCUGGGG